CGAAGACUUCACAACAAGGGAUCCUGGGGGGGUUCUUUUAAGAUCCAAAAAGCAAGAGGAGACGCAGACGGACAGGCCUGUUGGCUGUAGCCCACAGAGAGCCUCACCAUGUUCAGCAGGCUGAAGAAGUGGAUGGGGGCCCCUGAGCCCCCGUCUGCCCCAGCUCCACCAGCUAAGGAAGAGAAGCCUCCUGAAAAGAAAGAUGAAAAAGAGCAGCCAAAGGAGGAGGAGAAGAAAGAGGAGCCAAAGAAAGAGGAGGAGAAGAAAGAGGAGCCAAACAAGGAGGAGGAGAAGAAAGAGGAGCCAAAGAAGGAGGAGGAGGAGAAGAAAGAAGAAGAGGCCAAGAAGGAAGAGCCACAACCAGCUCCUGCCCCAGCUCCUGCUCCAGCUGCAGCUCCUGCUCCAGCUGCAGCUCCUGCCCCAGCUCCUGCCCCAGCUCCUGCCCCAGCUGCAGCUCCUGCCCCUGCUGGUGCUGCUCCUGCCAAUCCAGGAGUUGAAGGUGAAGAAGCCCCUCCUCCUCCUCCUCCACCUGUUGUCUACUUCCGCUACACAGAUGACACCCUCAGAGAGUUGGCCAAGAAGUUAAAGGAGCGAACAGCCGAGCUCAAAGAGAAAGCCAUAGAUCCUUACGCCACAUCUCCAGAAGUCACUCCACCUGUCACACCUAUUCUGCUGAAGGACGACUACAUCAGACUGAAGGAAGAGGAGCGCAUAGCAAAAGAAGAAGCAGAUAAAAAGAAGGCCGAAGAAGCAGCCAAGAAAGCAGAGGAGAAGAAGAAGAAGGAUGAGGAGAAGAGGCUGGAGGCUGAGAAGAAGGCGGAGGAGGAGAGGAUGGCGGAGGAGGCCAGGAAGAAGGCAAAGAUCCUACCAGAGAUCACCUGCUCCUGCUUCGACGUCCUCUUCCAUCCGAUCGAGGUGAUGAUGGACUCCGUCUUAGGGAACACCAUCGAUCCCUUCACAGACCGUCGGUAUAUUGCCUGGUUGACCGUCGUUGCCGUGGCGUACAACUACAACGUUUGGUUCUCCACUGCUCGGUUGGCCUUCCCCUACCACAAUGACACCGCCAACCGAUUCUGGAUCUUCUUUGACGUUCUCAGUGACGCUGUGAAUGUUAUUGACAUCAUUAUUUGGCAGCCUCGGCUUCAGUUCGUCAAAGCCGGAGACAUUAUUAAAGACGGAGCUAUGACUAAGGUGCAUUAUCGCAAAUCCCCACGAUUUAAGAUUGAUAUGAUCAGCAUCCUCCCCUUAGACCUUCUCUGCCUGCACUUUGAAUUCUCCUCCGUAUACCGACUCAACCGCUUCGUCAGGAUUGACUCCUUCUUUGAGUUCAGCGAUCGACUUGAGAGCAUCAUGGCCAAAGCUUACAUCUGGAGAGUUGCUCGCACCACCGGUUAUCUACUCUACAUGCUCCACCUCAACGCCUGUGCCUACUAUGUAGCCUCAGUCCACCAGGGCCUUGCAACAACUACAUGGGUGUAUAAUGGAGAAGGCACAGCAUACAUACGUUGUUACUACUAUGCAGUCCGCAGUCUGAUCAACAUCGGGGGUCUUCCAGAACCUGUAACCACCUUUGAGAUUACGUUUCAGAUGGCCAACUUCUUCAUUGGUGUCUUUGUGUUCUCCAGUUUGAUUGGACAGAUGAGAGACGUCAUCGGCGCAGCGACAGCAGGUCAGACGUAUUUUCGGGCAUCAAUGGACGGAUGUGUUGAAUACAUGAACACCUACACCAUCCCCAAGCUCUGCCAGAACAGGGUCCGAAUGUGGUACAACUACACCUGGGCGGCUCAGGGCAUGCUGGAUGAGUCCGAGCUCCUGGAUAAGAUGCCUCUGGUGAUGAAAACCGCCAUCGCUGUGGACAUCAACCUGGCCACCUUCCAGAAGAUCGCACUGUUUCAGGGCUGUGACCAGCAGAUGUUGGUGGACAUGUUACUGAGGCUGAAGUCCAUCAUUUAUCUACCCGGAGACUUUGUCGUGAAGAAGGGUGACAUCGGUAAAGAGAUGUACAUCAUUAAAAGUGGAGCGGUGCAGGUGGUGGGAGGACCUGACAACAGUAUAGUGUUUGUCACACUGAAGGCUGGAUGUGUGUUUGGAGAAAUCAGUUUACUACAGUCUGCUAAAGAUGGAGGAAACAGACGCACAGCUAACGUGAAAGCACACGGCUUUGCUAACCUCUUUGUCCUGGAGAAGAAAGACCUGUUUGACAUUCUGGUCCACUAUCCAGAGUCUCAGAAGGUUCUGGCCAGAAAGGGCAGGAAACUGACCAAAGCCAAAGGUCCUGCAGGGGCUAAACCAGAGGAAAAGCCGAAAGGUAUAGCUCUGUUUGGACAAAAACCACCGACACCCAAGCUCCUCAAAGCCUUUGGCAAUUUUCGUAAAGGAGGAGUCGUGGACAAACUCAAGAAAAGUGAUUAAAGCUAAGAAGAGGAUGUGUAUUCCUGAGCGUCUCCAUUUCACAGCCGUCUCAGUUUGUAUAUUCUACUGUUCGCUGACCACUGGAGGGCUCGUGAUGUUUCA